AUGACGAAGCCGUUUCUCCUUCAACAGAGCCAGCGACUUUAUGCCGCGUGGAGCAAGUUUCGGGCCAAUCUGCCUAGAGACCAGCAAUUAGAGCUUGGGGACCGGAACAGACCUGAUAUCAAAUUCUUGGUAGCCACAGUGUCCAAAGCCUCAGCAUCAUGGCAGUCGGAUCGCGAUGAUAGCAAGCUGGGCAAGUUGAAAUCCAAAUUUCAAGGUCUCUGCAAGACCUUCACGUCUCACAGUACCUUGCUUUCCUUCAUUCCCAAAGAUGACAAGUAUGUCACCUUAUUAACGGGAUCUCUGUCAGCCAUCGCCCAGGCGACGAUCAAUCACCAAAAGAUUGCCGAAGGGGUGGCUGAUACCCUCGAAGAUCUCAGCCACGAUAUUGAUAUCUGGAACCGGCAGAUGAAGGAACAUGGUGACAUCCCAGCUCUUCGUCGAUAUAUUCAAGAACUGUACGUCGUCAUCUUCGAAUUUUUCACCGAGAUCUUCAACAAAUGGUCCAAGUCGAGCUGGAAACGCUUCCUUACCAGCUUUGAUGAGAGUGCCUUCAAUGAGUUGUUCACAUCCAAGAAAAACCGAAUGUUGGCCAUCCAAUCCCGUAUGAACAGCCAUAUCAGCCUUGAUUUCCAUCAUCGCACCACCCGAAGUCUGGAAAUUAUGAUCCAACAACAAUAUCUGCUAUACCAAAAUCAGGAAAGGUUCAGCCAGAUCUUACCGGAUCAGAUCAACCAGCUCUGCGAACAAAGAUUAUUGGUUGGCGAAUCGCUUCAAAGGCUCUUAGAUCAACAACAAUACUUCCGUCCAGAAAUACCCCGACUGACCGAGAUCACAAGCAUACAGGAAGAUACAACUGGGAAAAUAUUACCAUCUGCUUCUACCAGUAAUGAGCCCGAAACGGAAGCUCUCAAAGUCGAGGAAUUCCCAGUAUCACAGACACAUUAUCAGUUCAGCCGAACGGAGAUCCUGGUGGAGAUCAAAAACUUCACAGAUCAGUGGAAGAGUCGAGUCGAUCGCUUGAUCCAAGUCACAAACCAGGCAACCAUCUUGCAGGUCGAUAGAGAGGUGCACAACCGCUUGGUUACAUGGCUACGAGCUCCCAGCUGCACUAAUUUUUGGAUCCAAGGUCCGCAUGAUGUGUCUCAGCCGAGUCAGAAUUCAAUGACUGCCGUUUCUUUGGCUGCACUGGCACGCAAGAACAACAUCCCGUGCAUAAUCUAUUUCUGCAGCUUCGCAGAGCGUCAUGAACCGGGAAUGUCCAGGGCCUCUGAUCUAGAUUCUCUCCUGGCAUCAAUCAUUACCCAACUUGUCCAAUUGAUACCGGAUAAUGGCUAUACUGAAGCCAGUCUAGCGCCUUCGCGUUUUUCGGCCCUUGCUCAGGGCACGUUGAGCGUUCCCGAGGCGCUCCAGCUGAUACUUGAUAUACGGAGUCUAGGCCCGAGGGUGGUGUAUGGUUUCAUAGACAAUGUUCAGGUACUGGAGGAUCAGUCUGACCAGGGAUACACUAAGGACUUUCUGAGAACUAUAGCGACUCUUUGCAGGCUUGGCCGGGGGGCUCCCCGCCCAGAUUGCACGCUCGUGCGGGAGGAUGAAGGGGUGGCUCUGGGAACGAGAAUUUGUUUUACUACGGAUGGGUAUGCGGAUAGUCUGGCACAGGCUUCUGAGCUACAAUUGCUUGAUAAAGUAGAGUUUGGCCUGGAUACAAAUGAUGCUCUACCAGGAGAGAUUGGUGGUGGGCCUGAAUGGGGUAGGGAGUAA